GAGCAGGAAACUCAUCUAUUAGGCGUAAUAAGAGGAGGUAAAGGGUCAUACAGUUGUCUGCGCCGUGUCUGACUCCAUAGCCGUGUUUUGUGCCCACCCACUGCCCGCCACUGUUUGAUCCACUCCUGCGAUUUCUUCCCGCUCAAAGCCGAUCUUGCUGCAGGGAGGAGCGAGCGGAGUGCAGUUAAGCCGAGCCGAGAGCAUCACAGCCCGCAUUCAAGGAAACGGGCAAGCACAGCACUUUUUUGACUUUCCAUAAUGUUCUAGCCUCCGUACAGCAUACCUUUAAUACGAAGACAGAUAUAUAUUUCGACGUGGACCCGUAUGGACGCCGUCUGUCUGUGAGGAGCUGGGGAUGUGUGCCCAGUGAAGAGAGACCCCCCCAAUUGUUUCCUGCGCCAAGAACUGUAAAGACAUGGUCAUUACACCGCAUCUGUGAUGAACAGAAAGCAGUGAGUGUGAGGAAGUGUCAGAGGAUGCUCAUGAUCUGCAGGGCCCAGUGCUGAGGGAGGUCCACGGAGCCAACUGGAGCCCAUCAUGUCUCAACACCAACACUACCAGCGAGGCCCCCACGGCCGCACCAUGAGCUCUGAGGACAGGGGCUCCACGCCAGGCAUCAAGACCUCCACACCAGUUCACAAGAGCGCCUCCUCAUCGUCUUCUUCCCAGCGCGACAGCCGGCAGGAGGCAGACAGCUGGGAAAUCAUUGAGGGGCUAAAAAUCGGCCAGAGCAACGUCCAGAGGCCUGAUAAGCACGAGGGUUUUAUGUUGAAGAAGCGGAAAUGGCCGCUGAAAGGCUGGCACAAGCGUUUUUUUGUUCUGGACAAUGGUAUCCUGAAGUACUCCAAGUCCCCCAUUGAUAUCCAAAAAGGCAAACUUCAUGGCAGCAUCGAUGUCGGCCUCUCAGUCAUGUCCAUCAAGAAGAGAGCCCGUCGCAUCGACCUGGACACUGAGGAGCACAUCUAUCACCUGAAGGUAAAAUCUCAAGACAUCUUUGAUGCCUGGGUGUCCAAGUUGCGUCAUCACCGGCUUUACCGACAGAACGAGAUCGUGCGAUCUCCCCGGGAGGCCACCAUGCGCACGUUUCCUCCCCCGGCUGCCAUGGAGUCCCCUCAGCCUGCCUCGAGUGUGGUACGUGAAGCCAAGGCCAAGCCAAGCAGCUUGCCCUGGCAGCCCGUGGCUCCCAGCAGCAACAGCAGCAGCAGCCUUCCUGCCUCCUACAGCAACGGCCAGAGCAAGGUGGUUGCUUGGCUCCAGGAAUCAGAGGAGAUGGACAAGUGCGCAGAGGAGCUCGCACGAUGCCAGUCCAACCUGACUGAGCUGAGCCGGCUAUUGCAGAGUUUGGAGAUUCUACAGAGGACACAGUCAGCGCCCAACUUCACAGAUAUGCAGGCCAAUUGUGUAGAAUUGUCAAAGAAAGAAAAGCGCUUGAACAGAAGAUGGAGAACAAAAAGUGUCGGCAAAGAUGCAAAAUUCCAACUUCAGGUCCCUCUGUCUGCCAGCAUGUCCCCUGUCCGCCUCCACUCAUCCAACCCCAACCUGUGUGCCGAGCUGGUGGACUUUCAACCCGCUGUCUCCCGGCUGACAGACAGCGUAGAGUGUGCUAGUGACUACAUUAAACUUCAGGAGGAAUUCUGCACCAUCGCCCAGAAAGUCCACUCUCUGCUGAAGUCAGCCUUCAACACGGUGGCCAUCGAGAAAGAAAAGAUCAGACAGAUUCUGUCUGACCAGGAGCAGUCAGACCAGUCAGCCCAGAUCAACUCUCUCAGGAAGUCUCUGUCACAGGCCCUGUCCCAAAACGCAGAACUUCGAACCCGACUCAACCGCAUCCACUCUGAAUCUGUCCUGACUGAACAAGUUGUCAGUGUGAACAUCAUCUCCACGCCUGAUGAGGCUGGAGAACAGAUGGGGAUCCCUCUGACUCAGCAGGCCUCUAAUGAGAGUCGACUCUCCAUGUCGGAGUCUGUCUCUGAGUUCUUUGAUGCCCAGGAAGUGCUUCUGUCAGCCAGCUCAUCGGAGAAUGAGGGCUCAGAUGAUGAGUCAUACGUCAGUGAUGUGAGCGAUAACAUUUCCGAGGACAACGCCAGUGUGACUGAUAACGUCUCCAGACAAAUGGCCAACGGAGACUUUGCUGGCAGUGCCUUCCGUAACGGGCGUCGCAGCUGCCUGCCGGCGCCGUGUCCCGACACCAGCAACAUCAACCUCUGGAACAUCUUGAGAAACAACAUCGGCAAGGACUUGUCCAAAGUGUCCAUGCCUGUGGAGCUCAACGAGCCCCUCAAUACCCUGCAGCGCAUGUGUGAAGAGCUGGAGUAUAGCGAGCUGCUGGACAAAGCCGCGGAGACCGAGGAUCCCUUUGAACGCAUGGUUCUCGUCGCUGCGUUUGCCGUCUCAGGCUACUCAUCCACUUACUACAGAGCAGGAAGUAAGCCAUUCAACCCGCUCCUCGGAGAGAGUUAUGAAUGUAUUCGGGAAGACAAGGGCUUCUGUUUUUUCUCCGAACAGGUGAGCCACCACCCUCCCAUCUCCGCCUGCCACUGUGAGUCCAAGAACUUCACCUUCUGGCAAGAUGUGAGGUGGAAAAACAAGUUCUGGGGGAAAUCGAUGGAGAUUUUACCGAUCGGGACUGUGAAUCUUAUGAUUCCCAGGUUUGGAGAUCACUACGAAUGGAACAAAGUCACCACCUGUGUGCACAACAUCCUCAGUGGGCGACGGUGGAUCGAGCACUACGGGGAGAUCACCAUCAGAAACACAAAGAGCAGCGCUUGCCUCUGCAAACUUACCUUUGUCAAGGGAAACUACUGGAGUUCUAAUGUAAACGAGGUUCAAGGAUUUGUGAUGGAUCAAGAGGGGAAAGUGAUCCACAGACUCUUUGGAAAGUGGCAUGAGGGCCUUUACUGUGGUGUCCCACCUUCUGCCAAAUGCGUCUGGAGGCCAGGCUCCAUGCCCACAGACUAUGAGCUAUACUACGGCUUCACCAGGUUUGCCAUUGAACUGAAUGAGCUUUGCCCCGAGUUGAAAGAUGCUCUGCCCCGUACAGACGCCCGGUUCAGGCCUGAUCAAAGGCAUCUGGAGGAGGGGAACUUGGAGAUGGCAUCCUUAGAAAAGCAGCGCAUUGAGGAACUUCAAAGAGUCCGGAGGAAGUGGAACGAGGAGAACAACAUCAAACUUGAGCCACGCUUCUUUAAGAAAGUGGUUGAUGCCAAUCACAGAGAGAGGUGGGUCUCCAACAACACGUACUGGGAGCUCCGCAAGAACCCCGGCUUCAUCAAUAUGGAACCUACGGUGAACCUGUGGUAGCACACGGAUAACCACGUCCAUCAUAUCGUCAUCGCAGACGGGACGGCUGUUACCUAUGCACAAUAUGGUGUUAAGAGAAACAUGUUAAUGAUGAAACAUUGGUGCGCAGGGAUACGGGCGACUGCAGAGCUGAGAGGAUGGCCUGAUGCCCAGUGACCCUGUCGAGGUUCUGUGGCACUGCCACAUGGUCAUCCAUCCAUGGAAACACCCUGUAGGAUCACCUUCAUCGUGCUUGUGGAAGCUGGGUUGUCAGGGCAACAAUCGUACCACUCCUAUGUAGAUCUUUCCUCAGCUCCUUUGACUUCUGAGUAUGUCCUUGCCUUAAAAAGACACCCAUACAAGUCACACAGUUUAGCGCUUUUCCGUUGAAGCCAUUUGAUUUCUGACGGCAGUCUGGGUUAGACUAGUCUCUGAAGUAGACCUUUUGAUUACCUACGAUACCUUUGUGCAUGUUUAGAGAGCAGCUUUCACUGGCAUAAAGCCACAUUUACUAUAUCACCAACUAUUGUAGAAAAAAGAGGUAUUUUUAUAAAAUAUCUUGGACUCAGAAUUUAGUGAAAUAGUAUCACGUGAACUGGCAGAUUUUAUUUAUUUUCGCCUUUUAAUACUGUUGAAUCUGUGUGAUAGCAGUACUCUCUCUCGGGAAACAGCUCGUUUAAAAUUAAUCUCGACCGCAGCAGAGGAAGUGUGACGUCCAUAGAUGGUACUUUUAAUGAGUAUUUUCAAACAGCGGCUCUCACAGCUGAUCAUGUGGUGGAAGGAAAAGUAGGUAUGAAAAUGUAAAUCCUAUUCUGGUGUUUUGGACAUGUGACGCAGGACACACCUACGCCCUUUACAGAUGUUUUCUUUUUUUAAACGGUCAACACUGAUCUGUCAUGGAGUCCAGUUCCUCCUUACAGUGGAGGCUCAGUGUAAACAGAGGAGCCCUCCCCUACACCGCUCUCUAAUUUUAAACAUUGUUACAUGAAACCAGCUCCUGAAUCACAUGGUUACAUAAAUACCACAUAACUCACUCCAUAUAUAGUAGGCACACGUAUAUAGUAGGCACACAAUAUAUAUGACAGACUCCCAAACAGACCUUUAUCUGAAUCAAAGGUCUAAGAAAAGAUGGCGUAGUAGGUUGUGCAGUCUGUCGAACGCUCGGAGACACUUUUGGUUUUAAAAAUAGACCUGACAUAAGAGUGAAGCAAUCGAAUAUUUCCAGUAAGAGGAUAAAAACUCAUGUACAUCCAGCUACACAAGGCAAGGGCUGCAAUGUGCAGUUAUUUUUAAAUGAUCAAAAAGUAUUUAAUUAAGAAAGUAUUCAUUUUCUGUCAAAAAAUGUGAAAAAAAUAAUGAUAAAUUCCCAUCAAAUUUUAGCAAAGCUCAUAUCAAUAUCUUAAAUUCACAUGCUUAGUUUAGCAACCAAAAUGUAUAAUAUAAAAUGGUAUGAAACAAAGAGUCGUUACUAUUACCAGCAACUGUUUGGUAUUUUUGUGAUCGAUUACCUGCGCUAUCAAUCAAUCAUCAGAACUGGAAUCAUUUUGUUAUGAUUAAUUAAUUGCUUUAUUAUAUCAGCACUCCCAUGACUCAUUCAGCCAAAAAGCAUAGUUAGUUCUUUAUGAAACACCAGAGCCACCUACAGGUCAGUACAUGGAAAUGCAGUUUCAGGAUGGUCUAGGACAGAGAUAAAUUUGCUUUACCCAGGGGCCACUUUUGCAAAAUGACAGAAGACCAGAGGCCACUUAAUUAACAAAAUUAAUAAUAUUUAUCACCAAAUGUAGUGAAUGAAUUGCCUCUUUCAAACCUUUAGAUGUUGCUAUCCUCACAUGUGCCAAGAGGCAAAUCCAGUUGCAGCAGUGCCACAUAGGUCAGGUGUACGCAGGGGCGUCUCUAGAAAUUGAGGAUAUUCAGGGCUCCUUCCCUGGCACUCUUUCUUUGAUAAACAGUCUCCCUCAUGUGGUGCCCAUGAGCUCAGUGAGUAGAGUAACAGUGUCCUUGCCACACUAGUAACGGGCUCAAUUCCAGCCUGUGGCCCUUUGCUGCACGUCAAAGCCCUAAAAAUAAUCUUUAAAAAAAACAACAAUCUCUCUUGUGAUGUUUAUUUCUGCACUCUAGAAACUUAUUUACAUUAAAAGUACAGAAAAAGAUUCCCAAUGUGAAUCAAUUUAUUAGAAAAUGGUCACCCGCGGGCCACCCGGUAUAGCCUCAAUUCCACCGAGCAGUAUGGUACGGUACCUUGGAACCAAAAAGAGUAUCCCUUCAGAUAUGGUAUCUAGACCCUAGUGUGUCUACUGCAGAGAGUACCCUUACAUGCAGGCGUGGUUGUUACCAGCCGGUUGUAGCCGCGUCAGAUACGUAACUAGCAUGACAUUAUAUAACGUGACACAGGAAACGUGAUUCAGGAAAAGGCACAAUAGACAACAUCGAACACUUCGUAAUCUUCUCCUUAUGUGGCUGUUUAUCACAAGAUGGAGACAAGCUUUGUUUUAGGAAAGCAUGGGAGCAGGAAAGAAAAGUACUGCCGAAAAAUACAAGAGAAGAAAAGCACACUAAGCAACUGAGCUGUAUCGUACUGCUCGGUGAAAACAGGGCUUAAGUGUCACCCAGUCAACAAUAUAGAUAUUUCCUUUAGCUGUUAAAGCCAAACGAGUGUGUGCAGUUACAAUUAUACUAUUGAAAACUCAAAAUAUGUGCGAUUCCCCAGAGACUCUACUGCUACGAUCCAGUCACCUAUUUGCAGUUUGUGUAUUUAUUGCAAAGCAGAUUGGCUUUAAUAACUUAUGCAGUAAAAAAAAACAAAAAAAAAAACACAGGUCUUCUGAUUGAAAUCAACCCCAAACACACACACACACACACACACACACACACACACACACAUAUACACAUGUAGUCACAUGUUGUGUGAGAGCACAUUUAAGUUCCCCUCUGUCAGGACUGCAGGACACAGAAGGACAAAAAAAGACUAGAUAUAAAUAUGUAGAAUGAAAACUAUGUGAAGCAAAUCCAUCUUCCAUGCACUGUUCAUGCGGUACUGUAGAUUACAAACCAAAAAGGUAGGUAGUACUGCUUUGCCUCCAUAUCCUGUUUUAUGUUUAUGUGCUUUUCUUUCCCUGAUCACAGACUCAAUGCUACAACUCUUUAGCGUCAGUUUCACUUGCUGUGCCUUAUAAUGCAUUUAUUAAUGCCUCACAAACACACUACUGAUAAGAACCCCCAUGCCAAGAAGGUAUGCCAUUAACAAACACAUUACCCAGUCUCCACCUGCCUAUUGAUCGAUUAUACUGAGAGUGUUGAGGGUUUAGCUGUGGACAAACUGUCUUAAGUCUUAAAGGGAGAUGUUUUGACAUUAGGUAAGAAAAAGAAAAGGUUUGAGUGUAAAAUGCUUGCAGUGUUUCAAGAUGUUCCGCACUGCUCUGCUACUCCAACAUGCAACCAAUACAUUUUUGGUGAUCACUGUAAAUAUGGCACAUUUAGAAGAUGGGUCACUACUGCAGAAGCUGAUUCCCUUUUCCUCCUACAUCGGUGACUUUUUAAAAAAAAAAAACAAAAAAAAAAACAACAAGACUGAACCUUGUGUGUGGAGGUAGGAGCAACACUCAGACUGUAGUGGGAAAAAAAAACAUCAUGAAAACCUCCUCAUGCUUUCUUCAUCCACUGUUCUACCUGCAUGUCUAGACAACUUAGCCUGCCAAUGAAUGUUGCAGAUGCCUUACACCAAAAAAGGUUUUUGUUUUCUCAAUUGGACACUCAUGGUUUUUGUUUUUGUUUUGUUGUUGACUGACAUGUAUCACAAAGCACUGUGUCAGCUCAGUUUCUUUCAGAUCUCUUUCCUGAUGGGUACCUUCUGAAGUGCAAUUUUAACAAAGUACAUAUCUUUCCAUGAACACUGUACACUGCUGCUACAUAGUGCUUGUUCUAAUAAAACUCUAAAACUCAA